CCAGCAGAUUAUGUUAAUGAAAAUGAUUUGAGAGCGUGGUAUUUCACAAGGUUGCUACAAGAACAUGGUCAAUCCGGUGACUUGAAUAAGUCGAUUGCUGACUAUUUCUUUGAAUUUUGUCUGUUCAUUAAGGAUGUUGUGGGGCUCUCUUCUGGAAACCAACAUUCCAACAUGCCAACAAUGCCAGAAGGCCAAACCAAGGUCAAAACUGUAAGGGAUUACUUGAAUGAGUUUCCUGAUCCACUUCCAACCCCAGACCCACUUCCAGUUACCUCUUCUCAAGAUUGCAUUAUGGAAGUAGAAAAAGACGGAGUGGAGGGGCUGGAAUGUAAUGCACUUGAAGAGCUCGAAAGUGCACUUGGAGAUAUGAAAUGUGAAGAGGUGGAGACUGAUGAGAAAUAAGGAACCAGGUCUCACAGUCAGCCUACCAGGCAAUAAAUAAUCAUCAUAAGUAUUAUAAGGUUACUCAGGUAUUAUAAUAAGGUCGCUCACUUCAUCACCAGGCAUUGUUUUAGCCACGUUUCGGCUACCAGUGUGGUUGCAACUAAAUAAUAAAGCUGUUUUGAUACUUUUGUAAUACU